AUGGCGAAAACAACAUCAUUUGGAAAACAUCUUCGGUCAGACUUCUUCUUUGAGGAAGACUACACUCCACUCAAUCAUGGCUCUUUUGGCUGCUAUCCUCGGUCUUUAUUACCUGUCCUCCAUGAAUAUCAAAUGAAAGCCGAGCAACACCCAGAUCGUUGGUUGCGUCGCGACAUGUUUCCGGUCUUAGAUAAAAACAGAGAGAUACUGGCCAAACUGAUCAAUUGCGACGCAAAAGAUAUUGUAUUUGUAACCAAUGCCUCAAAUGCUGUCAACAGUAUCCUGAGAAGUCUUCCUUUUGAAGAAGGAGAUAAGAUAUUAUGUUUCAACACAGCCUACAACGCAGUAGCAAAAACAACUGACUACAUUAAAGAUUCACGUAAAGUGGAAUUGGUAAAAGUAGAACUUAACUAUCCACUUAGUGACUCCCAAGUCGUACAAGUCAUCAAAGAAACUAUUACCAAGCAAGCCAACCCGGAACGUUUUCGACUUUGUGUUAUGGACGGAAUUAGCUCUGUUCCUGGUGUCGUUUUUCCUUUUGAAAAAGUGGUAAAACUCUUGAAAGAAUAUAAAAUCCUGUCCUUGGUGGAUGGUGCCCAUUGUAUUGGUCAAAUUCCUCUGAACAUUCGUCAUGCGGAUCCCGAUUUCUUCCUUAGCAAUUGUCACAAGUGGCUCUUUGCACCCAGAGGAUGUGCCGUUUUGUACGUCGCUGAGCGACUUCAACGAAUUAUUCAUCCGGUUAUCAUCAACGCAGACUAUCAGGAUCACAGUGAUCCUGCUGACACAACUUCUACCUUUCAACGUGAAUUUGGAUGGCCCGGCACAUGCGAUUUUAGUCCAUACAUGUGUAUUGAGAAGGCACUCGAAUACCGUGCGUCUAUUGGUGGAGAAGAAGCAAUAAUGAGUUACUGCAACAACUUGGCCAAUCGUGGAGGUGAAUUGGUUGCCAAGAUCCUUGGUACUAGUGUGAUGGAGAACUCAGAAGGCUCAUUAACAGCAGCAAUGGUUAAUGUCAAAUUGCCUCUCUAUAAUCCCCGUCUUGAAGCCAAAGACAUCCCGGAUUACUUUAUUAAUACUCUAAUUUACGAGUACAAGUGUAUGGCAGCUGCUUAUUUCCACAAUGGGAGCUGGUGGAUACGCUUGAGCGCACAGGUAUACAAUGAUUUGGAUGACUUCGAAGUGGUGGGAAAGGCUCUUUUGAAAGUAUGCACAUCAUUGGAGAAGAACAAGUUGUAAACAGUUUAACUUAUGUUUUUGAAUAACUUACACUCACUGUAAGUAAUUGAUAAUUUUAAUUGUUAUUUUAAUUUUAAUUGUAAUUGUAAUAAUAUCAAGACAUAUAUUCUAUUGCGUCUUGAGUUGUAAUGCG